AACUUCAUGCGUGUCCCUGUUGCUCCUGUAUCGUACCUAAUUACUGGAGUAGUACUGAACAUACUGGAAUGUUACACAACAUCAAGAAACUUUGGGGGAUUCCGGAUUGUUUAUUGAAUUGUUUAUUAAAUCAUGUGAAUGUAAUAAUGCGACAUAUGACACACCGCUGCACCGUGUCGGAUUUAUUUUCUAAGCUUGACUGUCGCCGGUGAAUCUGUAUUUCACUGGUUUUGGUACAAUUUGAGCACCUAGAAAGAGCAGAUAUUGGACUUGUUCCAGCUGUUCCUCAUAAGUGAACUUUCUUUUUUUUAUUACUAUAUUUAUCCUAUCUCCUUUUCUCUUUAAUAUCUAAUUCGAUUAUCUGUCUCAUUCUAAGUGCAAAUAUUAAAUGCGAAAGCAUGAUUGUGGUGCAUCGAGAAAUUUUAAGAUGGUGAUGGUUUAAUGACAGUUAAUGAAGGAUAGAUAUUAGCUGUCUUAAUAUCUAUCUCUCCAAAAAAAAAACAGGUGUGACGGAAGAAAAAAAAAAGAGGAAAACUUCUUUCAGUUUCAGUUUGUAACACCAACUUGCAUAUGUGGUUUUUCGAAACUAUUUCGUCGUUUGUUUAAUCGACUGUUCGAAACUUUGAAUUUAUCUUAUUGUUUUGUUUACAAAACAUUGUAUAAGAGAUAUCUACUUGCAAUAUAUUAUAUAAGAAUGAAAUUUUACGUCACAUGAGAUUUGAAAUGAAUCUGACGGUGAAAAUACUUUCGAUGUACUUAUAAAAGUGACAGAGUCAAGCUAAUUAGGAUUUGAUUUAACUUAUUCAAAUAUUGAAGUGCACUGAAUAACAAAUCUGCGAGGUAUCUCGUUGAUAAAUUUAGAGAUGGAGCGUAACACUAAGUUUGUCGAUUUGCUCGAGAAUAGACGAAGAGAUUGUGACUUUUUGUGGGCGACAAGGCCUAUGGAUCCAGCAUUACCGCAUAUGUUGCCACCGGAUUCAAUCUAUGACAGGGAGAGGAUCAUGCAAGCUGUCUUGCAGGACAAUCAAGUCAAAAUUGCCAUCAAUACAAUAGCAAAGACUACAGGUGUUGGAGUUAAAGAUGUUGAGAAUAAUGCCCGUGCCAUGAUAAAUGAGAUGGCUAGUAAAGCAGAUUUGGCGACUGUUCGUUGGAUAGCUAUUUUUGUUACGAAAGCUCUGAAGAGAAUGUUCUCGCAGAUUUACAUAAAUGAAAUCAUACUUUCUAACUUAAAGAAAGAAACACGAAUAUCUCAAGCACAGUAUAUCUAUGUUCCAUCGCACAGAAGUUACUUGGAUUUUAUUCUGUUGUCAUAUAUUCUCUUUUCUUACGACAUGGCACUGCCGAAUAUUGCAGCUGGCAUGGAUUUUUAUAAUAUGAAAAUAGUGGGAGAACUACUGCGAAAAACUGGAGCAUUUUAUAUAAGACGUAGUUUCUCAAAUGAUUUAUUGUACAAGCAAAUUUUUCGAUCAUAUGUUAACACUAUUGUUAGUCACAGCGAUAGGGCGAUAGAAUUUUUUAUUGAGGGUACACGGAGUCGUAGUCAGAAGAGUACGAUACCGAAAUACGGUCUUUUAUCCAUCAUUAUAGAAAGUUUGCUUCAAGGCGAUGUGCCCGACAUACAUUUUGUACCUAUGAGUAUUAAUUAUGAACGCCCACCGGAAGAAUUAUUAUUUGUUUAUGAAAUGCUAGGAGUUCCGAAACCGAAAGAAAGUACGGCUCGACUUUUUCGGUCACUCUCUAUUCUACAGAAACCUUUUUCUCAUGGACGCAUUUUCUUUAACAUCGGGGAGCCAAUAUCCGCCAGUCGAUUCGUGGAUAAGGCAUAUCGACAAAAAAAAAUUUUACAACCUUCCUUCAAAAUUCCAUCAUCAGUUGUGGAGAAUAUAGCUUAUCUUAUAAUAGAAUCACACAAGAAGAAUACUAUACUUAUGCCGAUCAAUAUUAUAGCUUUACUCCUCAAUGAAAAAGUUCAAACGAAACCGAAAGAACCAUAUACACUCGAUUUAUUGAUUCAAGAUUAUCAAUGGUUUAAGAGCUUUGUUACUAAAUCAUUGAAAGCCUUAAUGUAUGGAACUGAAACUACUGAUAACGAUACAAUCAAACAAGAAAUAUUGGAAUCUUUAAAACCGCAUGAUGAAUUAAUAGUGUUUGAUUCAUCAAAUAUGUUAAAAAUCAAACAAAGACAUAAAAGAAUGAAGCAAUUAAAUUAUUCAAAUAUUAAAGGAUACCCUCUGUCUGAACAGACUUUACAAAUAGCGGUACCUGCCAUUAAUAUUGCUAUUUAUAGCAAUCCGAUCUUUGCUUUUUUAGCGGAAAUAGUUUUUAUAACUGCAACGAUAGGAGAGAAUGGCAUUGAAACUGAAAUAGCUUUGGAACGGUAUGAAUUGUUAAGAAGAUUAUUCAGCACAGAAUUCGCGAUGCGACCGAUUGAAGACAAAGCUUUAAUUAAAAUAGAAUGGGAAAAGUCGUUAAAUGUGUUGAUAUCGCAGAACUGCUUGCAUAUAGUGAACAAUUUAAUUUUUAUAGGAAAUAAUACCAAACUGUUUUCCAUCUUGCAUAACAUUAUAUUACCAUUCAUAGAUGUUACGUAUGUAAUAUGUAUCUUAUUAUCUGAGUGGACGGAAAGAACGUCAGUCGAACUAACGGAUCGGACAAUUCUUGUCGAAACGCAGAAAGAAGUGGAAAGAUUAAUAUUCGAGACUAAAGACCGAUGUCAACAUCCUUACUGUUUAUCUCUUGAUCUGUAUAACACAGUAUGGUCUAGCUUAUUAUCGCAAGAUAUCAUCGCAUACCAGAAACAUACUAAUACGUAUCGAACGGAUAAAGCAAAAUUGACAUAUCUUAUUGGAGCAUUGCUCGAAUUACCAUUACGUCAUCCAACGGAAAUCUAUGUCGAUGCGUUUCCUUUAAUUAUUUCAACAUCAUCGAUGGAUGUACAAGCUAAGUUAUAACAGUUUAUCAUGAAACAAUGAAUUUGAUACAUAAUCUGACUAACAAAUUGUUCGAUGUUAAGCAGACGGUUAAAUUCAAUAAAAUUUGUUGAAUUAAUCGAAUCUGCAAACAAAAUAUAUUUAGUUAAUU